CCCUAAUUCCUUUCCCUCCCACUCUCGGCCAGCUUGCUUACUCCCUCCUCUUUCCACCUCUGUUCUCUGAUGCUACUGCCGCCAUCAACACAAACCUGAACCGCCGCCGUCGCUAUCCUCUGCCUCGCCGUUGGCAGUUUCUCCGUCGUCACGCCCUAUCGCCUUGCUUCUCUGCCCAUCCCGCCGGUGCUGCACACAGUUAACCUGGUAAACAAGUUCACCGUUUCCUUGUUCCCCAAAUAGCUGUGGGCAAGAAAGUAGAUUCGAUAUCAGCUCUUCUGCAACCGAAGAAGAACUACCGCUGGCGUGCAGACGCUGCAGCAGGUCUACACAGGUGGCCCGUUCGUUUUCUCCUCUGAUGGCUCUUUCAUCGCCUGUGCUUGUGGCGAAACCAUCAACAUUGUUGAUUCUGCUGAUUUCUCAAUAAAGGGUACAAUCGAGGGCAACAACGAGGCUGUUACGGCGCUCACGCUUAGUCCCAACGACCAGCUGCUUUUCCACUCUGAAAUGUGAGCGCUCCUGGAAGGUAAUGCAGAUUUUCCUCUUUCCCAAAUAGCAAUUCAUUGUAAUUAAGGAAGAAUUGGAUUGAUGAUGGUUUUUUUUUGUCCGUGCAGGGCCAUGAUGGUCCAGUUAUGGCCAUGGCGUGCCAUGCUUCUGAUGGGUUGCUAGCAACUGCAGGAGCUGAUAGGAAAGUUCUUGUGUGGGAUGUGGAUGGUCAUUUUUGUACUCAUUACUUCAAAGGGCAUACAGGGAUUUUUACUUGUAGUAUGUUCCAUCCUGAUCCUAAUCGAUCUCUUGUAAGUAUGCAGAAAGAUUCCACCUUUGUUUGUUUUUGUUCUCUCUUUCUUUCUUUCUUGAAGGCAUAGUCAUGCAGGUUCCACACAUUCACAACCUGAAAUCAUUGCAUGUUUGGUUAAAUUAAAAAAAUGAGAUGCAAAGACAUCAAUAAAGAAAGAUCACAACUGAGGCAAUAGCAAAGCCUAGUGCUAUAGGAGCAAGCAACAUCUGAAAUAACAUCUACCCUCCUCAUUUACGGUAUUGAAUUCAAGACUCAUCAUGUCGAAAUGUCAUUAAAUUUUUCAAAAGACAAAUUAAAGCCUGACCUUAUCCCUUCCAGCAGUGAGCAAUGUCCAACCAUCUUCAGACACUGCCAUAGACGUCACAGUAGAGAAAUGUUUCGCUAAUGUCGCUACACACUUCUUUCUGAGAAGAUCCCAAACUCGUACUGUCAUUGAAUGUGUGGAACCUGCAUGACUAUGCCUUCAAGACAACAAUACCUGCAUAUGAGGUGUUAGAAGCUAUAUGUAUAAUUCACACAGGGACACUCUUUUCUUCAUUUCUUGGUGCACUUGGUCCGUAUAUUGGAAAUAGCAUGAGUGAUACACAGGCAAUUCAUUAUGUCACAGUUGGUGAACGUGGCAUUGUUCGAAUAUGGAACUCUGAACGGUAAAUUCUGUUAAACAAUAAUGGGCAAGAACUCUUUUUUACUGGUAUCGUUUUAUUUUUGCGACUCUCCGGUUGCUACACUUAUUCGUGUUACUUUAGUUUCGGCAUGUUCUGCAAAUCUCCUUACAUUUUAUAUGUCUUGCCAGUGCAGUGUGUUUGUAUGAGCAGAAGUCUUCAGAUGUCACAGUCACCUCUGAAAGUGAUGAUGAGUCAAAAAGAGGCUUCAGUCGUGCUGUAAUUCUUCCCUGUGACGGAGGACUGGUUUCUGUGACUGCUGAUCAACAGUUUCUAUUCUACUCUUCGAUUGCUGAAGGACAGUUAGUACUAACCAGGAGGCUAGUUGGAGACAAUGAGGAAAUACUAGACAUGAAAUUUUUGGGCGAGGAGGAAAACUUUCUAGCUUGCUGUUGCUACAAAUCUUGAACAGGUAAGCUUUUCUAGUCCCGUGGGGUUGAUGUUCGAAGAAGCCGGCUGACAGAUGCUACAUGCAAUUCAGACCUAGUGCUAGUCGUGUAAAACAUAAGUUGAAAAGAAAAUGACGAAUUAAGAUUGCCAACACCCUGUAUGGAUUGCCUUUUGCUUUGGGAAACUAGAUCAGUAAAAGUUUUAAAAGAUUUAUUUGUUCUUCUGCUUGUCUAAAAAAAAAAAUCUGGAUGACUUCCUACCUGUGGUGAUUAGAACAUUUUAGUUCUUCUGCUUGCCUUUUGAUGGCAUCUCUUCUGAUGUUGACCAACCUUAUGGCUUGAAAGCGAAAGCAGUGGUAGCUGCCCAUGACAAGGAUGUAAAUUCUCUGGCAGUUGCACCAAAUGAUGGUUUAGUGUGUACCGGAUCACAGGUUAGUGCAUGUCGACCAAUUCUUCCUCCUACAGUUGUAAGUUUUUGUUUCUAAUUAUUCCCAUUUUCUCCUUUUUUGUGGCCCUGCAGGACCGUACUGCUUGUGUAUGGAGGCUACCAGAUCUGGUGUCAGUGGUUGUACUCAGAGGCCACAAACGAGGAGUUUGGUCUGUCGAGUUUUCACCCGUUGAAGGAUCCGUCAGCUAUGCUCCAUAUCUUUAGUACAUUUGAAGGUCACACAUCAAGUGUAUUAAGAUCAUCAUUUCUCACUCGUGGCACCCAAUUUGUGUCAUGCGGUAAUGAAAGCUUACUCGUUCCCCAUGCUUUUUGUCAUACAUCGUAGGCCAUUGCAUUUAUCUUGUAUCUAAUUGAUUCUCCUAUUAUAACGAACGAAUGCAUCGCUACAUAUGAUCAGCAUGAGGACAAAGUGGUGGAGAACACUUGAAUUGAGGGUCUCUUUAGUUUUGUAUUUGUCCAGCAAAGAUGUCCUGGGUGGAAUCUUUUACAACAUAUAUUUCGCUCUUUCUUUAGGUCUGGGCCUUGGUUAUUGCGAAAAAGACAGAAAUGUUUGCAACUGGUGGUGGUGAUGCUGUAGUCAAUCUAUGGUUGGAUUCUACUGCUGCUGACAAGGAGGAAGCAUUCCGUGAAGAGGAUGAACGUGUGUUAAGAGGUCAAACAAUGGAAAAUGCUGUACAAGAUGGUGAUUUCUCAAAGGCUAUCCAAAUAGCCUUUGACCUCAAUAGGCCUCGCAAACUCUUUGGGUUAUUUUCUGAAAUCUGCAGGAAGAAAUAUGUUAGCCUCCAGAUGGAGAAAGCUCUCUGUGAUCUCGGGCACGAACAGUUGCGUUUUCUUUUCGAAUAUGCCCGCGAAUGGAACACAAAACCAAAGAUGUGUCAUAUUGCACAACUGGUGCUGUUUCAAGUAUUUAACAGCAUUUCUCCAUCGGUGAUCCUCGAGGUAAAGGGUAUUGGUGAGGUGCUCGAGGGACUGAUUCCAUAUACGCAGAGGCAUCUCAGCAGAAUAGACAGAGUUGUGAGGAGUACGUAUUUGGUCGACUACACUCUGUCUGGAAUGGGUGUGGUUGAAGCAGAUGUUGAUGACACAAACGAAGAUCGAAAAGGCAGUGGCGAGGAUAAAGAACGAGAUCAUGUUCAGAAUAACGACGAAGCAUUGGAAGAGACGAGCCUGACAAAGAAAAGGAGAUCUAGUAAAACUGGAAAUACGAAAAGCAAAAAACAGAGGAGCAGAGGUGGCACUAGUGCACCUGCAUCUAUAUCCGUGGAAGCUUAAUGAUCAACUGCCAUUUGCAAGCGUAAGGUGUUGGCUCAAUUUUGUAGAACUGUUGUAUUUUCAGCCUUUUAUUUAAUAGAAGGAAAAUUUUGAAGGUCUCAGGUCAAGUUAUUGUCAAUUUUGCAUCAUGUACUCAGGUCUAUUGUCCAUAUUACUUAUGCGUUAGUUCAUAUCAACUAUAGAGGUGAAAGGUGCGCAAUGUUCACGUCAAUAUGUGAUUUGAGAGUCCGGCCAUCAUGCUGCAAUGCAAUGAAUCAACUUCCUCAACGUCUCUUUCGCGAUGUUGCUUUCCCCAUUACCAUUAACGUCAAAAGCAGACCCCAUUCAAUAUUAUAGUGUUACUUCAAAGGAGACAACCUUGCUCAACAUUCAAACAAAGCAAUUUCCAGGUAGCAAAUGAUUCAUCAUUCCAUUUCAUACCGAAAAGCCUUCAAUAAGAACAGUAAACAUAAGGAAAAAAG